CUGAAGAGCCUGUAAAUCAGUCUGACCUGCAGAGAAGGCAACAUGAACCACAGCAGAGGAAGACGAGGAUUCCUCCCCCUGUUCAUCUCAUUAUGCUUCAUUUGGACACAGAUGCUGAUCUCAGAAUAUUCUGCAGGUGGCUCGCUUCCUACUCGCCGUCCUCCAUCUCUCUUCUCUCAGUAUGAUGUCGACAAUCUGCCGGAGUCCCACGCCCAACGCUACCAUCACCACCAUCGCCAUCGUCGUCGUCACCAUCAGAACCUGGCCCAGUUAGCUGAAGAGCUCCCCACGGCUCCAACGGGGUCUCUGAUCCACCACGAGCUCGCUGCCGAACAAACCUUCAACCUGCUGCCACAAAUGCACCACGAGCUGCAGCUGGAACACGUUGCUGUGUCUGCCAGAUAUCUGGUUACUGUGUACCUGGCCGUGGACGUGAGGAGGCUGAACGUCAGUCUUCUUCGGUGGUUCCGGGAGGGCGUGGCGGCGGCGCUGGGCGUUCCCGUGCGACACGUUCACAUUCACCAGCUGAACGAGGAGAAAAAUGGCAUCGAGAUCUUCGUGUCCUCUGGUAGGCGGGGCAUCUGGGAGCCCCGCCCAGCCGAGGAGGUCAUCCAGUCGCUGAACGUCAGGGUGCUCAAUCGCCACCUGGGCCACUUGGGCAUCACCGAGGUCUCGUCUGAGAAAAACGUCGUGCAGGGCGAGCAGAGGGAUCAGACGUGGAGCAGAGAGGGUUUCUCCACGGUGCUCCUCCUCUUCACGCUCUUCAUCAUCGUCAUCACCUGCCUGAUGGUUUUGUAUCGAAUAAAAGAGAAGGUUCAGAUUUCUGAGAGGCACCUUAAAGCUCCACCCCCCAACCUUCACCUGAGCCCACCUGUCCCUCUUGGCCCCGCCCAGAGGUCAAAGGCCACCAAGGUUGUGACGUCAGAAAGCAUGGUCCAAUCUGAGCUUCUGCCUGCUGUGGCCACGCCCAUUCACCAGCAGCAGCCAAUCAUAGCCUGCCGCCGCCUCGCUCCUCCUGUUGCCUCUCUGACCUGCUCCGCCCCUGUGCCCAUCAUUAGCAGUGAAGACCACGCCCCCUCAUCAGGUGUUACCCUGGUGAAUACCAGUAACGAGCUGAAGCCCUGCCCCUCCCCUUUCAGGAUGAAACCUGCUGCAGGACUACAGGAAAGACGAGGCUCUAAUGUGUCCCUGGUGUUGGACAUGUCGGCCCUCGGCUCGGUGGAACCCCUUAAUGAUGGCGUGGUAACCCCCAGAGAAGCGGCGGCCCGGGAGUACCUGCUGUCGGCCCGGCGACCGCUGACACCUCAGCAACUCCGCGACGUUGUCAACAACACGCACAAGCUGCACGCAGAGUUCGCGGAAAUACCGAUGAACUUUAUCGACCCCAAGGAGCUGGACAUUCCCAACUACAGCAUCAAGAACCGAUACAGAACCAUUCUGCCCAACCCACAUUCCAGAGUGAUCCUGAAGUCCAGGACCAGCAAGGACCUGCUGAGCUCCUACAUGAACGCCAACUACAUACGGGGUUACCUAGGCAACAGCAAGGAGUUCAUCGCCACUCAGGGCCCCAUGGUGAACACGGUGAACGACUUCUGGCAGAUGGCGUGGCAGGAGGAGGCGCCCGUCAUCGUCAUGAUCACCAAACUGAAGGAGAAGAACGAGAAGUGUGUCCUGUACUGGCCGGAGAAGAGGGGCAUCUACGGUGACGUGGAGGUGUUGGUGGACGGCGUCAGAGAGGGGGAACACUUCACGACCCGCAGCCUCACGCUGAAGUGUGGGAAUCAAACCCGCACGCUGCAGCACUACUGGUACACAUCGUGGCCCGACCACAAAACCCCCGACUCCGCGCUGCCGCUGCUGCAGCUCAUGGCCGACGUCGAGGCGGACAGGCGGGCUGCCGACCAUGUGGGACCGGUUAUAGUCCACUGCAGCGCUGGGAUCGGCCGGACAGGCUGCUUCAUCGCCGUGACGAUAGGCUGUCGGCAGCUGCAGGUAGAGGGGGUGGUGGACGUCCUGAGCAUCACCUGCCAGCUCCGGACCGACAGAGGUGGAAUGAUCCAGACAGGUGAGCAGUACGAGUUCGUCCAUCACGCCUUGAACCUGUUCGAGGCCCGCCCCCAGCAGAAACCGGCCAAUGAGCAUUCACCGCUCCAGGAAGUAGGAAGUUAACCUCAGCAGGUAUGAGCUCAGCUUUGGGAGUUCGUUUGGACCUGGAGAUUCUGGACCAGGUCUUUGAGUCU